UCAGAGCCCUCUGCCUGGAUCUCUCUCCCUGAAUCCCGCUGCAUCAAUCCGUCUGUCUGGACCUUGCUCUGGGAUCCGGCUGCUUGGAGCCUUCUGUCCAGAUCUCUCCCUCUCCCUGGACCGCACUGCCUGAUUCCGGCUGCCUGAAUCCUUCUGCCUGGACCCUACCGCACGGAUCCCUCUGCCUGGACCGGCCACAGGGUUCUCUCUGCGCCGAUCCCGGCUCCUUAGCUACGAUGCCGGUAGCACGGCCACAAGCCGUGGGACCCCACAGGAUUUCUCUGCUCCUGGUCGCCUUCCUCCUGGGGAGCCCCGCGGCAGUUCAGGCGGAAGAUGGUGGUCCAGAGGGAGACACGCACCCUUCCACUGCCUACCUCCUGCCUCCUGCCUCGCUGGAGAGCAGCCUGGAAGAGGGGGUGACAUCAGCAGCCCCAGAUCCCCUGCCAUCCCGGGAAACACUGGAAACACUGGAAGAGUCCUUGCCCCCUGCACUCCCCGACGAGGUCAGUGUCCAGCACACCCCGGCCCUCAGGAAGGGUCUGCCAUCCCUGAAGCAACUCAAUUCGGCCCGGAGGCAGCUAAGGCCUUUGGCUACCCCAACAACUCUGCAGAGACUGGGGUCUCCUGCCUCGGCCACCACGAAGCCACGUGAGCCUGGGAACCCCGAGCAGCCCACGGCGCCUGCGCCACUGCAGAUCACACCCUUCACCAUAGCUCUGGCAACCACACUCCCAGACAGCCCACAGCCCGCACAGGCCCCCGACGACAGCAGCCCCGGUAGCCCACUGGACAAGGGUGACAAUGAGCUGACCGGGUCCGCCUCCGAGGAGAGCCAGGAGACCACCACAUCCACCAUCGUCACCACCACCAUCAUCACUACGGAGCAGGCCCCAGCUCUCUGUGGAGUGAGCUUCUCGGACCCCGAGGGAUACAUUGACUCAAGUGAUUUCCCUCCGCAGCCCUACAGCAGCUUCUUGGAAUGCACAUACAACGUGACGGUCUACACUGGCUACGGGGUAGAACUACAGGUGAAGAGUGUCAACCUAUCUGAGGGGGAGCUGCUCUCCAUCCGAGGAGUGGACGGUCCCACCUUGACAGUCCUAGCCAACCAGACUCUCCUGGUGGAGGGCCAGGUGAUCCGCAGCCCCACCAACACCAUCUCUGUCUACUUCCGGACCUUCCAGGAUGACGGCCUCGGGACCUUCCAGCUACAUUACCAGGCUUUCAUGCUGAGCUGCAGUUUUCCCCGGCGUCCCGACGCCGGAGACGUCACCGUGAUGGAUCUGCACUCUGGCGGGGUGGCCCAGUUCCACUGUCACCUGGGCUACGAGCUGCAGGGAGCCAAGACGCUGACCUGCAUCAAUGCCUCCAAACCGCACUGGAGCAGCCAGGAGCCUGUCUGCUCAGCCCCGUGUGGAGGAGCAGUGCACAAUGCCACCAUCGGCCGAGUUCUCUCCCCCAGUUACCCGGGAAACGCCAAUGGCAGCCAGCUCUGCGUGUGGACCAUUGAGGCUCCAGAGGGUCAGAAGCUUCACCUGCAUCUUGAAAGGCUCCUGCUGCAUGAGAAAGACAGGAUGGUUGUCUACAGUGGACGAACAAACGAGUCGGCCCUCCUGUACGAUUCACUCCGAACGGAGAGUGUGCCCUUCGAGGGCCUGCUGAGCGAGGGCAGCAGUAUCCGCAUCGAGUUCAUGUCAGACCAGGGUCAGGCAGCCUCUUCCUUCAACAUCCGCUUUGAGGCCUUUGAGAAAGGUCACUGCUAUGAACCCUACAUCCAAAACGGGAAUUUCACCACAUCGGACCCCACCUAUAACAUUGGCACCAUCGUGGAGUUCACCUGCGACCCCGGCCACUCUCUGGAACAGGGCCCAGCUGUCAUUGAGUGCGUCAAUGUGCGUGACCCAUACUGGAAUGACACGGAGCCUCUAUGCAGAGCCAUGUGUGGUGGGGAGCUCUCAGCUGUGGCUGGGGUGGUGCUGUCUCCAAACUGGCCAGAGCCCUAUGCAGAAGGCGAAGACUGUGUGUGGAAAAUCCACGUUGGGGAGGAGAAGCGGAUCUUCCUGGACAUUCAGUUCCUGAACCUGAGCAACAGUGACAUCUUGACCAUCUAUGACGGCGAUGAGGUUGUGCCUCAUGUCCUGGGCCAAUACUUCGGCAACAGCAGUCCUCAGAAGCUGUACUCGUCCACACCGGACCUCACCAUCCAGUUCCACUCGGACCCUGCCGGCCUCAUCUUUGGCAAGGGCCAGGGAUUUAUCAUGAACUAUAUAGAGGUGUCACGGAACGACUCCUGCUCAGACUUGCCUGAAAUUCAGAACGGCUGGAAAACCACUUCUCAUACAGAGCUGGUCAGGGGAGCCCGGAUCACAUACCAGUGCGACCCUGGCUACGACAUCGUGGGGAGUGACACCCUCACCUGCCAGUGGGACCUCAGUUGGAGCAGUGACCCCCCGUUUUGUGAAAAAAUUAUGUACUGUACUGACCCCGGGGAGGUGGAGCACUCUACCCGUCUCAUCUCAGACCCUGUGCUGCUAGUGGGCACCACCAUCCAGUACACCUGUAGCCCUGGGUUUGUGCUUGAAGGGAGCUCGCUCCUCACUUGCUACAGCCGCGAGACAGGAACCCCCAUCUGGACAUCUCGCCUGCCCCACUGUGUCUCUGAGGAGUCCCUGGCAUGUGACAACCCGGGGCUUCCUGAGAACGGGUACCAGAUCCUGUACAAGCGGCUGUACCUGCCCGGAGAAUCCCUCACCUUCAUGUGCUACGAGGGCUUUGAGCUCAUGGGUGAAGUGACCAUCCGAUGCAUUCUAGGACAGCCAUCCCAUUGGAGUGGGCCCCUGCCCAUCUGUAAAGUUAACCAAGACAGUUUCGAACACGCGUUGGAAGUAGCAGAAGCGGCAGCAGAGUCCUCACUGGAAGGCGGGAACACGGCGCUAGCCAUCUUCAUUCCGGUCCUUCUCAUCUCCUUGCUACUGGGAGGAGCCUACAUCUACGUCACGAGGUGCCGACAGUACUCCAGCCUCCGCCUGCCCCUCAUGUACUCCCACCCCUACAGCCAGAUCACCGUGGAGACUGAGUUCGACAAUCCCAUCUACGAGACUGGGGAAACAAGAGAGUAUGAAGUUUCCAUCUAACAAGAGCUGCCCUGGAAAGGGGGACUUCAGAGACAGACAUACAGACAUGAACUGUCAGGACCUCCUCGGACAUUCAUCAGUGACCCUGUGGCAUUGGGUUGCAGCCCGGCGUGGACGCCAUCUUUCCUCUACACUGUUUCUUCGCA